AUGGACAGGGUGGGACGGGUCGAACAAGGCGUGUUUAACGGGCCUGACAUCAACCUAUAUGGCACGAAAGGACGCAAUCAAAUGGAAACAGGGCAAAAAUGUUAUUUAAAGAGGGAAAUUCGAUGGAAUCAACGACAUGCGGACCGCUUCUUGAGCGCCACCACCGAAGCCGUUGCGUGUACUUUCCUGGUAACCAUGGCGUUUGUUUGGUCAGGUGCAAUGCGUCAAGUGUGGUCGGUCGUUGCAUUAGGCGGCACCAUUGCCAUUCUCCCCGAACCCUUCACCCGUUAUACCUAACUGGAAUCGGGGAUAACCUCGGAGCAAGAAGAGCAGUAGACCACAAAAAAUUAAUUCCCAUGGAUGCAUCCCUGGUCGGGAUGGAUUUCAUUGGCAUAGUAUGUACGUCUGCGACCUGGCCUCCAAAGUGGCGGGCAUUGAAUAGCGGGCCAACAUUUAGCAUGUUUGACAGCGAUAUCGUCCUGGAGACCUCGGUAUGCAUAAAUGGGAAUACACGAGUCUGCUUCGAGCAGGACUUUGCCACGAGAGCCAGGAGGGCCCUGUGCAUGACCGAUUACCUAUAGUCCUUUCAGUGAAGCUUUGUUGCGACGGUAUUCCUAAGCGGUGAUCGCGUAGAAUUGGUUAGCACCCUUCAGAAGAGAAUAGCCGCCACCGUCCUGAUAUGAUCAGGACAACAACUAUUAGUCCGCCGAUGACCAGGUAUCCUCAAAAGCACCAUCGACUGGCCCACCCCUGAAUGCCAAAUCUGAUCGGAUCGGGGUUCUCCUUCGCGCUAGGAGCACAAGCACCGGCGAGAAAUGAGAUCCGGGGAUUAGACCGUGUAGAUUGCAACGAGGGAAAACAAAAGUAUGCCAGUGAGGGCCGAAUGUGGUCUGC